AUGGGUACCAAGGUGAUUCGAGCCCAGGACCGCCCCAGGAGUCGUCCUCCGGUGGAUUCCCUUCGGUCGCCUCCAUCGGGGAAAACCGGCAGGAACGACAAUUCAACGCUCCAUCGCCGGAGUUCUCCCCGCUCGAACAAGCUCCCCUGCCCGUCUCCUCCUCCCCCGACGAAACACUUCCGCAACAGCGACAAGAAUAACCGGAGGGAUCAUGUCGCACUGGCUCGAUUGGAGCGUCAGACGGUGGAGAAGUCGACUGUCAAGAAGAUCGUCAUGGAGAACGUGGUCAUAUUGAAGCGCGGGACCGUGUUGAAGAAUCCGCCGUCGGUAGAGGACUGUAAGCCGUCCUCUCCGGCAGAGAAGACGCCGCCGAUCGGUGGUCGUGCGCCGGGUCGCUCCACGGAUCGGCAAGGUUCGGGGUCUGAGAUUCCGCAAAAGCAUGCCCCCGUCGUCAAUCGGAAGCCCCCUCUCUACGCGGGUUCCGGUUUCGUCACAUCUCCGGCCCCGAGUUCUCUCCCUCUUCCGACGUCUUUCUUUGUGGAGAAGGAAGUUGCCAGCAGUGUAGAUCUGGCCACAAAAAGUAUCCGGUUUCUGCUCCGCCUCGAUCUGGCUUGA